AUGUUAAGGGUGAGCCCUACUAAUGGGGAUCCCAUACCCGCCCUCAGUUUCCGCUUUGCUUCCCUUGCAGGCCACCGGUGUGAACAGGGGCUGCGGAGGUCACGCUCCUUGCCCCCCUCUCGCACGCGGGUCAUCUCCUCGCACGACGGAGCCAGAGGCUUCCCAGGCGGCAGCUUGCUCUCCCUCAACGCUCACAGGGCCGGAAAUGUGUGCCAAGCCCAAAAACUGGCUGAUGUGGACAGUGAGUUGGCUGCUAUGCUUUUCUCCCGCUUGCGUGAAGUUAGCGCAGCCUUCCAGCAGGCCAGCCAUGAGGCCAGCAUCACCCGACGGCGGAAGCUGGAGAGGAUGCUUUCUGUGAGGAGGAAGGAGUCCCAAGAGGGCAACUGCGGGAAGAAAAGCAGCUUCAUCCUGGGACGGCACGAGGACCGGGUUCAGCACUCGAGAGACCUCCAGCUCAUUGAGGCUUACCGGGAGCGCACCAAAGCCGAGAGCAUCACCUCCAUGCUCUGCCAAGCCAUCACAACCCACCACACCAUUUAUGCCACAUUGGGCACAGCUGAGUUCUUUGAGUUUGCCCUGAAAAAUCCAUACAGUGUCCAGCACACGGUCACCAUCAAAAUAGACAACCCGGAGCUCAGCGUCAUCUUGGAUGUCAGAGAGUGGAGGCAUUUUAAAGAACUGACCCAAACAGUCACACCGUUGGAGGAGGACAUGUUCCAUCUCUACGAUGGCCUCAUUCCUCAGGUCUACCUGCGUCCCAAGGAGACAGUCUACAUCCCCUUCAAAUACCAGGCCUUCUCCUUGGAGCAGAUGGCCAUGAUGCAGCAGGGUCCCCCUGAGCUGACAUUGAAGGAAGGCGAGAAGGUCCCCGUGGCCUCUGGAAAGCUCACCCAGACGACGCGCAUCAAGGUCUCCUUCACGGUGGGCAACGGCAGGCCCCUGGCCAUCCUCAGCGUGAAUGUGGAAUCCCAGCCCCACACGGUGGAUCAGACGUUUCGUUUCUAUCACCCAGAGCUCACCUUUCUGAAGAAAUCCAUCCGCCUGCCUCCAUGGCACACGCUUCCAGGGGUGCCCGUAGGUGUUCCUGGGGGAGAACCAGAGAUGUUUGUGCGCUGUAGCGACCCCAACGUCAUCUGUGAAACCAAGAAGAUGGGACCCGGGGAGCCACAGGAUAUCUUUUUGAAAGUCGCCGCAGGUCCGAGUCCACACAUUCAGAGGUUCUUUGUGUUGAUUUACACAGACCCCUGGCUGGCCACUCCUAUCCAGACCUGGCAGUUCUACCUCCACUGUCUGCAGUGGGUCGAGGCCAGUUGCAUCCUGGGGCAACUGACACGGCUCUCGUUGGUGCUCCGAGGGACGCACGCGACCCGCAAGGUGAAGGCCUUUAGCUCCCACCCACAAGAGAUGAAGCUGGAGCCGGAAGGGGUCUUCGUCCUCCCGGCUAACGGGGUCCAGGACCUGCACCUCGGAUUGAGGCCUCAGAGCGCCGGCAGCCGCUUCAUCUACCUCAACCUGGUGGAUGUGGAAUUUCACCAGCUGGUCUGCUCCUGGGUGGUGUCUGCGUCCUGCCGGCAGCCGUUCAUCUCCAAGGCAUUUGAAAUCGCCCUCCCUUCUGGGGGUGGGAAAGGCUCGAACAAGAAGAUCACCUACACCAACUCCUACCCAUCUAGGCGGGUGUAUUUCCUGCACACCAACCAUCCAGAUUUGCUGCACUUCAAGGAAGAUUCCUUUGAGGUUGGCGGAGGGGAGACAUACACCAUCGGCUUGCGUUUUGCCCCGAGCGAAAAUGCCGGCGAGGAGGAGGUCCUGAUUUACAUCAACGACUGCGAAGGCAAGAACGAAGAGACGUUCUGCGUGAAGGUCACCUACCAGUAAUGGAGGGCUGGGCUGGACGUGUGUCCUCGGCAGGGUUGUUUUUCUUCUGCUGGCCAUCCAUCAAACGUCCCUCGAGACCUAGUCUUUGUUAUUCCCGGCUGCCCCAGAACGGUCUGCAGAGACCCCCGCUCCUCGGCGCACACGGCCCCUCUCGGAUUGUGCUCCUUCCUGCAUCCAAUCAAAUUCCUGCCAGGCCUUCUGAUGGAUAGCCCGAGCGGAUUCCUUGCAGCCGAGUCUGAUCCGCCCUCCUGCCUGGCGAUCAGGGAUUCAGGCCCUCACGCCAUCGCCCGCAGCUCCUAGAGAGAUCCUGGGGGCCCCGAACCCAGCCGACCCUGCCAGGACAGUUUUUCAAGCUGGAAGGUGUGGGAAGAAGAGGUGGUCUGUCUUUUGAAAAAGACGUUUGUUCGCACCAGAGUUUAUUCUGAACAGGACUCACAAUUCUAGCAGAGGAACGUGAUCCGGUCCACAGGUUUUCCCACGUAUGGCCGGAUGGCACGUUUUCAAAUCCGUGGCAUGUCCUUGGGGUGUCCCUUUGCACCUCUUAGUUAAUAGAUGGGCGCAUCUCCAGGGGUGUCGAGUUAGAUUUCAGCAAGUUCAAGCUCAAUUUUUUAUUCCUCUGGCUGGGUUGCUCUGCUUCUCUGGCCUGAAUAGCACCUCUGGGGUGCAAGUACAUAGCGCUCCAUUAACCUCUUUUGCCACGCAAAAGGAAAAGGGGACGCACAUUAUAAGGGAAAAGGCGGUCUGCGCCAGGCUGGGAUCUGCAGAUCACCUUUUAAAAAAAACAACAGGAGGAUCAACUUUUUCAGAAGUUUCUAUCUAAGGCAGUGUUUUCUGCAACUUUCUACCCUUCGUUUACUGGGGUUGAAACCAGAGAUAUCUUUCCCUCUGCCAGACUUAUCUAUCCAUGAUUUGCUGAAGCCACAUUUGGCCCUUUGGAGGUCAUUUUUCAAAAAGUAGUGGGGCGCACACACAACACACAUAGAUCUGGGGCAGAAGCAUAUUUUGAUCCUAUUUGAAUUAAAUUAAUUAAAUACCCAAAAUCUGUUUGCUGCCCACAUAUUUAAUAGCGUUCCCCUUCUGUUCCCUGAAACAGUUGGGCUCAGUGGCAGUUUUUGGAAGGAGCUGCUCCCUGUGUGGGAUUGCACCCCACUCCUUGGAAGCAUUUGCCUUUGUGGGGAGAGGAUUCAAACCCUCACCCAGCCCCCGAACUGGCCAGCAUCAGGCUAAAGUAGUUAAAACCUGGGUUUCAGCUCUUGCGGUGAAGGUUGGAAAACAUCUGACUCUCUGGGGUGGGGAGGGCGUUUGUUAAAUUAUUGAAUGAGAAAUGAUGACCCUUGAAAUGGAGCUCCUGGAGGUAGCCGAAAAUCUCUCAAGCAGGAACUCCUUAAAGACCAGGUGGGCUAAUCCUCCCCAAAUGAACCGGGGUUGGUGCAUCUCACUAGCAAAGAAACCGGUGGGCUGUAAAACGAGGCAGCCUCCGUUAGUUAAUGACGAAAGGAUAGCGGUUGAGAAAAUCAGGCUGAAGGCUAAAUUGAGAUGAAGCCGGUAAAAGGCUUAAGGGCAAUUUUUAAAAAAUCCCUAAAUAUUAAACCUCACGCAGGCAGAAACCAAGUGGGGGAAUUAAUUGGAGGCUGAAAAUCUCUCUGCCGACAAGGCGAUGGGAAGCAACAGCGAGCUUUGAUCCCCGGCAGCAAAUUUAAUUCCAGAGAUGCAAACUGGGCCUAAGAGGACACCUCGGCUUGGUGCCAGGAAGAUCCUGGUCUGAUGGGGGUAGGGGGACCUGAGGUCUAUCCUGGCUACCCAGGACCGUGCUUCCUCCUCGGAGGGGUCAGGUCUGUUUGUUAGGUCAGCACCCUGGCGAAGCGUUGGCUUUUACAGAGCAGCCGGGCGAUUCCAAAGGUGGGGGGGGGGGGGAUUUCUUUUUUAAAGGGCCUGUUCAGAACUCAGGAGACAAACAGCGGUGACUUUUUCCACCCAGCACAAGCCACAUGGAAUUUUUAUUCCUUAAGGGGAAUAAAAGGGGAAAGAAAAGAUGGGUCAAGGGAAAAUAGGGUUUGCAGAGAGUUCAAUCAGCCUUUCCUGUAUUCCCGGGAUCUCCAGCCAGUUCAAGGGAAGAUGGUUGGUGUAGUCCAACACCAUCUCCAGACCUAAGGCUGCUCUUUAUACAAAUUAAUGAAGGCAGAAUUGUCAAGGAAAAAGAGUGCCCCUCCUGUAGAGGCGACAUUUAAUUGACUAAUCUACAGGGAAACCUUGGGUUGGAUUAGAAACCUCAUACAUAAAAACAGUAAUAAUUUUAUCUUGCGAAACGGCACAGGGCCAGAGAAGUUAAUGGGAAAGUCAAUUUCUGAAGCAAAAGCAUUUACUUUCUGGGCAAGCGUAACGUGGGCCCCAUCUUGGGCUUUUAAGCACAGCGGUGAAGAGAUUGGCUUUCGGUUCCCUGUUAAAAAGGAUUCAGUGUGAAAGGCAGAAGAAAUACAGGUUGAAUCAGGUUUAAAGCCAGGCCUUUCCCGGGCUUAAAUCCCACUCUCUGACUCGGUGGGCCAGACCAUAACCAAGAGCCACAGGUAGCCCACAGCUAUGAGGCUGAGUAAACCAUGGUUCAGAGGCUGCUUCCCCUUGGGGUGGGAUGUUCAGAUUUGGAUUGAGGAGGCAACAAUCAGGCUUCAGAGGUUGGUGGGCCAAGGUCCCCAUAAGCGCUGUCUCGGCUGCAAGCGGGUCCAGAAAAGCACCCGCCACUAUGCUCAAGUGUCUCAGUCCAGCGGUGUAAGGUUGAACUUGCUAUCUUAAAGAAGGUCCACUCUCUUGUCCGAAUUCAACCGGUUUGGUAUCUGCAGUGGCUCCUUCAAAGACCAGCCCUCUCUGGGAUGCCAACGGGGCAUGCUUGCGAUGCAGCUGUGACACCCCGGAGCAGAGUUUCUCAACCUUGGCC